AGCGCCGGGAGCCCACGCCGCGGCUGCUGCCUGGUCCCAGUCUUCUCGGGGGUCCACGCCGCCUUGGACCGCCUCUUCCACACACUACCUUUUCAAGCUGCAUUUCCGUAGUUUUCCCUGUUCCCGAUCCCGCCCCUCAGACCGACUGCUGGCCUCAGCUCUGGGGCGCCCAGGGGUCAACAGACCUCAGGAUCUCUCCCUACUCCAUAGAGAAAUCUAAUUCAGGAAAGCCACUGAGAAACUUGUCUCCACCAAGAUAAAGAAACUGAAGCUCAAGAAGUAAAGUAACGGCCAAGGUCACACAACUAGUGACUGGGUUGGGUGUGACUGAGCAACCGCUGUGUGCCAGGGUCUAAGAAUACAGGAAAUAAGACACUCCUCUCUUUUCUCUACCUAAUGAACACCUAGUCACCCUUCAGGAGCAAACUAAAAAUGUCAUCUCUUAUGAAACUUUUUGUAAGCCCCUCACCACCCACAAGUAGAGUUGAUAACUUGCUUUUUUGUAUACCCCUCUGAAAUAGCACUUUUCACAGUUACUGUAAUGAAAUGCUUCUAUAUGUCCAUUUCUCUAACUUUGAGCCCCUUGGCGACAGGGUCUGUUUACUAUUCAUUGCCACUUGGAUGUCUGAUAGACAUCUCAAACUCAACAUGUCCAAAUCUGGACACCUGAUCUUUUUCGCCCAAAUGACUCCUCCCCUAAAGCGGUCCUCAUCUCAGUUGAUGGCAGUUUCACCUUUCCAGUUGCUCUGGCCAAAACACCUUGGAACCACACCUCAUAUUCAAUCUGUCAGUAAAUCAUGUUGACUCUCUCUUUGAAAUACAUCCAGAAACCAAUCACUUCUUAUCACCUCCCGUGCUACCACCCUGGUCCAAACCACCAUCACGUCUCACUGGCAUCACCUCAGUAGCCUCCUGACUGGUCUCACUGCUUCACCCUUGUCCCCUGUGGCCUAUUCUCCACACGGAAGCCAGAGUGAUCCUGCUAAACGCAAGUCAGAUCAUGUCAGUUCUCAGCACAAAAACUCUCCAAUGGCUCCCCAUCUCUCUCAGAGUAAAGCCAAAAUCCUUCAAUGGCCUACAGGCCCUAUACAAUCUGGUCUCCUACUAAAUCUCUGAUCGUAUCUCCUAGUACGUUCUCCCUCCCACUCUGCUCCAGCUACUUGGUCCUCCUUGCUGUUUCUUGAACAAGCCAGAUGCACUUCUUACCCAGGACCUUUGCACUGGCUCUUCCCUUGCUAGGUAUACUCUUCUGCAUGGCUCCCUUCCUCACCUCCCUCAAGUCUUUGUUCAAAUGUCACUUUCUCAGUGAGGCCUACCUUGACCAGCCUAUUUAAGAUUGCCUCUAUUCUAAUUUCCAGUUUACAGUAAAUACAGGGUAUAGAGGAACAAGAUAAAUGACACCACGAGGGGAAAAAAAAAAAAAAAACAGCAGACAAAUCCAGAAGUGGGAUAUUCUACAAAACAACUGAGUUGUACUUUUCAAAAAGCCAAUGUCAUUAAUUUAAAAAAAAAUAAAGAUGGGAGACUUCUAGUUCUGGACCCAAGUGGAGUAGACAUGCUUCUCCCUAUUUCUCCCACUAAGGACAGCUAAAACUCUGUAUGUGAUAUAUAAAAGAAACAUAGGAAGAUGCUAAAAGAAGGAGAAAAGGACAGACUUGACUAGGUGACUUGACUGAAAACAAAAACAUGAACAGAGCCUCAGAGACAUGUGGGACUAUAACAAAAGACCUAACAUUCAUGUCAUCGGAGCCCCAGAAGGAGAAGAGAAAGGGUGGGGGCGAAAAAGUCCUCAAGAAAUGAUGGCUGAAAAUCUCCCAAAUCUGGCAAAAGACAUAAACCUACAGAUUCAAGAAGCUGCACAAACCCCCAACACAGGAUAAAGUCAAAUCCAUGCCAAGACACAUUAUAAUCAAACUUUUAAAAACGAGACAAAGAGAAAAUCUUGAAAGCAGUAAGAGAGAAACACCACUUUACCAACAGGGGAAAAACAAUUUAAGUAUCAGCGAUUUCUCACCAGAAACCAUGGUGGCCAGAAGGAAGUGGCAACAACAUAUUUCAGGUGUUAAAAGAACUGCCAAGCCUGGAUGCUAUAUCUAGUGAAAAUAUCCUUCAGAAAUGAGGGAGAAAUCAAGAUAUCCUCAGAAAAAGGAAAGCUACGAGACCAUGGCACCAGCAGACCCACCCUAAAAGAGUGGUUAAAGGCAGUUCUCAAAACAGAAAGGAAAUGAUAAAAGAAGAAAUCUUGGAACAUCGGGAAGGAAGAAAGAAUAGAAUGAGUAAAAACGCCAGCCCUGCACCCCUCCUAGUGAACCCCGAGGCCCUGGAGCCCAUCCUCUUGGUGAAUGGCAGUGAUGGCAUGUUCAAGUAUGAAGAGAUAGUCCUUGAGCGGGGCAAUUCUGGCCUGGGCUUCAGCAUUGCUGGUGGCAUCGACAACCCCCAUGUCCCCGAUGACCCUGGCAUCUUUAUUACCAAGAUUAUCCCUGGUGGAGCAGCUGCCAUGGACGGGAGGCUGGGGGUGAAUGACUGUGUGCUGCGGGUGAAUGAGGUGGAUGUGUCAGAGGUGGUGCACAGCCGGGCGGUGGAGGCGCUGAAGGAGGCCGGCCCUGUGGUGCGGUUGGUGGUACGGAGGCGACAGCCCCCACCAGAGACCAUCAUGGAGGUCAACCUGCUCAAAGGGCCCAAAGGCCUGGGUUUCAGCAUUGCUGGGGGGAUUGGCAACCAGCACAUCCCAGGAGACAACAGCAUCUACAUCACCAAGAUCAUUGAGGGGGGUGCUGCUCAGAAGGAUGGACGCCUACAGAUCGGGGAUCGGCUGCUGGCGGUGAACAACACCAAUCUGCAGGAUGUGAGGCAUGAGGAAGCUGUGGCCUCGCUGAAGAACACAUCUGAUAUGGUCUAUCUGAAGGUGGCCAAGCCAGGCAGCCUCCACCUCAACGACAUGUAUGCACCCCCCGACUAUGCCAGCACAUUUACUGCCUUGGCUGACAACCACAUAAGCCAUAACUCCAGCCUGGGUUAUCUCGGGGCUGUGGAGAGCAAGGUCAGCUACCCUGCUCCUCCUCAGGUUCCGCCCGCCCGCUACUCUCCUAUCCCCAGGCACAUGCUGGCUGAGGAGGACUUCACCAGAGAGCCCCGCAAGAUCAUCCUGCACAAGGGCUCCACAGGCCUGGGCUUCAACAUCGUGGGAGGAGAGGAUGGAGAAGGCAUUUUCGUCUCCUUCAUCCUGGCAGGAGGCCCAGCUGACCUGAGUGGGGAGCUGCGCAGAGGAGACCGGAUCUUAUCGGUGAAUGGCGUGAACCUGAGGAAUGCAACUCAUGAGCAGGCUGCAGCUGCUCUGAAACGGGCUGGCCAGUCAGUCACUAUUGUGGCCCAGUACAGACCUGAAGAAUACAGUCGCUUUGAAUCGAAGAUACAUGACUUGCGAGAACAAAUGAUGAACAGCAGUAUGAGCUCUGGGUCUGGGUCCCUGCGAACGAGUGAGAAGAGGUCCUUGUAUGUCAGGGCCUUGUUUGAUUAUGACCGGACUCGGGACAGCUGCCUGCCGAGCCAAGGCCUCAGCUUCUCCUAUGGUGACAUUCUACAUGUCAUUAACGCGUCUGAUGAUGAGUGGUGGCAGGCGAGACUGGUGACCCCCCAUGGAGAAAGUGAGCAAAUUGGUGUGAUCCCCAGUAAGAAGAGGGUGGAAAAGAAAGAAAGGGCUCGAUUGAAAACCGUGAAGUUUCAUGCCAGGACGGGGAUGAUUGAGUCUAACAGGUCGAUCAAAACGAAACGUAAAAAGAGUUUCCGCCUCUCUCGAAAGUUUCCAUUUUACAAGAGCAAAGAAAACAUGGCCCAGGAGAGCAGCGUACAGGAACAGGGAGUGACAUCCAACACCAGUGACAGCGAAAGCAGUUCCAAAGGACAAGAGGAUGCUAUUUUGUCAUAUGAGCCAGUGACACGGCAAGAAAUUCACUAUGCAAGGCCUGUCAUCAUCCUGGGCCCAAUGAAGGACAGAGUCAACGAUGACCUGAUUUCGGAGUUCCCGCAUAAAUUUGGAUCCUGUGUACCACAUACUACCCGGCCUCGGCGUGAUAAUGAAGUGGAUGGGCAAGACUACCACUUUGUGGUCUCCCGAGAACAGAUGGAGAAGGAUAUUCAGGACAACAAGUUCAUCGAGGCAGGCCAAUUCAACGAUAAUCUCUAUGGGACCAGCAUCCAGUCAGUGAGGGCAGUUGCAGAGAGGGGCAAGCACUGCAUCUUAGAUGUUUCUGGCAAUGCUAUCAAGAGGCUGCAGCAGUCACAACUUUACCCCAUUGCCAUUUUCAUCAAGCCCAAGUCUAUUGAAGCGCUUAUGGAAAUGAACCGACGGCAGACAUAUGAACAAGCAAAUAAGAUCUAUGACAAAGCCAUGAAACUGGAGCAGGAGUUUGGAGAAUACUUCACAGCCAUUGUACAGGGUGACUCACUGGAAGAGAUUUAUAACAAAAUCAAACAAAUCAUUGAGGACCAGUCUGGGCACUACAUUUGGGUCCCAUCCCCUGAAAAACUCUGAAGAAUCCCCUCCAACCAUUCUAUUGUGAACAGAAGAAAUCAAGUCCCUCUUCCCUCCUCCCUCUUCAUUCCUGUCCCCAUGGGGAGAACAGAUGACUACUGUUCUUGUCUCCUUUUUAGAUAUGUCCCAAAAAUUGAGUUUUCUAGUCCUGUUCUGUUUUUUUAAAUUUUUGUUUUGUUUUAGUUUAUUUUUUGGGAUGAUGCCAUCUCACUCAUCAUGUGACUGCGCCCAUUCCUGCAUGGACCUUUCCCAAGCACUAGCACAGGUGCAAAUCCAUCAGAGUCAUUGUUUUCAUAAAACCAAGCAGAAGCGAAGAGAAGAGAGGAGGACUGAUGGAAAGACAGACUGGACAGCUGCGCGGCUUAUGAAGCGAGCCCCGCGCACCCCGCGAGGAGAGGCUCCCGGGCUUUGCUACGAUCUGUACACUGCCUCGCGGCUUGGGACAGCGCGGUCAUGGCGACAGAAAGUAUCUUAUUUAUAUAUAGAUAUAUAUAUGUAAUUUAUAUAAAAUAUAUAGAAAUUAUUAUAUAUAUAUAUAUUAUACACUCUCAUAUAAUAUAUAUAUAUAUUCACACGCAUUUGGACUAGAAAAUCUAUGGAGACUUCAUCAAUGGUACUGUGUUAUUAGAGAAAUGCUUUAAUUUUCAUAUUCCAAUCAGAUGGCAUCUUAUAUCCCAACUGGUUGGGGAGGGAGUGAAAGUGGUAGUAAGUGCUGUACCGAGGGCACCCGCAUUGGUCAUUCUCUUGAGAGCUGGGCUUUUCUUUAGGAGGGGUCAGCCGGAGAACGGUGAGAAAGGGCUUUGGCCUGGGGGCCAGAGGCUUGGAGCUGUGACCCUAGAGCCGAUGCUGCCCUUGGGGCACAGUCAGGCCCGCGUGUGGGGAGCGAGAGAAUGGCUAGCGGUGCUCCCACCGUAUUAAAUUGCCGAUUGUUUUAUGCCACCUGAUGUGUCUGCAUGAGAGGUUUCCUUUUUGUUCAUUUUUAAGCUGCUGUUAAACCAAAACCAUGUUGUGCUACUGUGUCAGCCUUUUCAUUCCUCCAAAUUUUACUUUUACUAUUUAAGUGAAUGUGUAGAAUCCAAUUUGACCGUGUUCUAAAGGCUCAUGAUGUUCUGGAGGAGCCGGGCCUCGUGAUAGACUAGGUGACCCGGGCUUGGCCAUCCCGUCAGCGCAAAGGGAAGUGGGGGCAGUUGAGAACCGACAGGAGCUGGGCCUCCUACUGUAACGUGUCCCUUCACUCACCUGCCAGGGACAUGCUGGGCUCAGCCGAGGCCCUGUCAUGGGGCCCACUGGCAGGGACGGGGAGUCACGUGCCUUCCAGCUCUGCGCUGGGACAGCGGGACGGCCCUGAGCUUGGCCAGCCGCGUAAUGAGAAGUUUGAUUUGGGUUUUUUUCGCAGCUGCUUCAUGUGCCCUACCUACCCCAGUCCCUCACCAACAGCUGGUAGCUUACUGUUUCUUCAAGAAGAAAGUAGACUUUGAUGCUGUCAAUUUGAGCUGUAGAGCUACGAUUCACUUACUGUUGAGAUGUGAAACCUUGUUGCUUUUUCCCAGAGUCAGACGGCAGUGAUUGUGGUCAAGGGGGUUUUUCUCUGACCGCAAAUGCAGGCGGCAGGUGUGGCCCGGGCCCCGCCCCACCGCACCCCACCCCACCAUGCUCCUUUGAAGCCACCAUGCCUCCCUCAGCUCCACGCUGGAGGCACGACCCAGGGGAGAAGAGCGCGGACAUGCUGGGCCCCAGGGUUGAGCCUGUUGUUUCCUAGCCCACUGUGUCACAACCGGCGCAAAGCAUACAUGUCGAAGAUGCUUUGAGCGCUACCAGCCAGAUUUGGGAAGUCUGUUAGCAGUUCUCCUACCAGCAUGAUGAGGCUAACUGUAAAGUGUGGGGCCCAGAAUGUGGGUAAAGAAAGGGCAGCAGCUUCACCUGCGCAGUACACUGGAUUGGAGGCAAGAGGGGUAAAGUGGUGUCCGACUAUGACUCUGGGGAGGAGGGGGUGAGCUGGGAGUGUUGUUGAUUUCUCUGAUGUUAAGUGAUGUAGUCUGAGUGACGCUCAACCCUCUACCCCUCCCAGGGAAGAAAAGCAGAGAUUCAAAGCAAGCAUGACACUAGUUGGUUUACCAGUGUUCCUUCCAAGGAGACAUAUAUUUUUUAAUAAAUGAUAGUUGCAAUGAA